AUGUCUCAUCUCCUAGCAUCCAAUCUAUUCUCCGUCCAGGGACAAGUCAUUGUCAUCACCGGCGGAGGAAGCGGCAAGUCCCCAGCAUCACCACCGUACACCCAUACUCAUCACAAACAAACUAACCCCAGACCAGGCCUCGGCCGCAUCAUGGCACACACGCUCGCCACCAACGGCGCCUCCAAAGUCUUCAUCAUCGGCCGACGACUCGAGGCUCUACAAGCGACCGCCGCGCAGGCGCCCACAAGCGGCGCCAUAAUCCCCAUCACAGCGGACAUCUCAUCCAAGGAGUCCCUGGAAGCCGCCUACAAAACGAUCUCCGCGCAAACCAGCCACGUGAACCUGCUGAUCGCCAACAGCGGCAUCCUAGGCCCUCUUGCGCGCGCUCCGCCCUCGAAACCCGACGGCUCGCGGCCCUCGCUCUCCGAAGUCCGCGACGCCCUCUGGUCCAUCCCGACGGAGGACUUCACGAAGACGUUUGACGUGAACGUCACAGGCUCGUACUACACAGUGCUAGCCUUCCUGCCUUUACUGGAGGCCGCGAAUAAGCUGCGUCCGGCACCGCAGAAGAAUGUGCUCUCGGGCCCGACGGCGCAGGUGAUCAUCACGAGCUCGAUUGCGGGGUUUAAUCGCCGGGUGCCGUUCAGUAUCGCGUAUAACACGUCCAAGGCGGCGGUGAAUCAUCUAGUGAAGGUGUUGGCGACCCUGUUGACGGAGUAUGAUGUACGGGUGAAUGGCAUCGCGCCGGGCUUGUAUCUGUCGGAGAUGUCGGCGGACAAUUUCGGGGACGAUGAUAAGGGGAUUUCGGACGGGUCGUUUGGGAGGGAGAUGAUUCCGUUGACGAGGGCUGGGGGGGAGGAGGAUAUUGGUGGCUUGGUGCUGUAUAUGGCGGGUGCUGCUGGGGGGUAUUUGAAUGGGAAUAUUACGGUCACGGAUGGAGGGAGGUUGAGUGUGUUGCCGUCGAGUUAUUAG